AUGCGGCCGCGUCAGCCAGAGCCUGGGGCGUCGGCGGGAGGGGCGGGCCCGAGGGGAGAGGGAGAGGGAAAGCCGUGGGACGUUCAACAGUGGCCGGCAGACGCUGACGCACGCGACUACGUUGCCUGUGAGGGAGAGAGACAGAACCUGAUACAAGCCCUGGGUCCUUGCUGAGUCUCCGUGUGUGGGGUGCAGACCCUCCUUGAGGAGCCUGCCGCUGCCGCUGCUGUCGAUGUUGCCGGCUGGUUGCAUGUGGACGAGGAGCUGUACGAGAAACACAUGGUGAUCACCAAGGUAACGAGGGACUCAUGUGUGGAUGUGUAUCACCCUGAGUCUUGCGCGUGUGCGUGUCGACUGCCCGCUGCCGCUGCUGCCGCUGUUGGUGGUGGUGAAAGUGGCUUCAAGCGGCCCUCUCCCGGCGCCAAGCCAGAGGACACCAGACAAUCAGGAGGCGCCGUGGAUGUGGGUAUCGAGGAGAGAGACAGAGAGGGAGACAUCACCAUAAUUAAUGAGUCGCAUCUCUGCCUCACUCCUGUCUCCGUCCCUGUUCCCUGCCCGACCAGAAAUUGGAGCAGCACCUCGCCGCUAAGUACACUGGCGCACAUCCAUGAGAGGUCAUGUACACAAAGCUGCAUAUUUCCUCUGCCCACCAUCAGAAAGAAGCAGGCCGAGACCAAGGAGAAGAACCACAAGGCCACCCAGACCAAGAAGGUAGGCACAUGCAUAAUCUUGACUAGCCCCUCCCCCACACCUUGAACCCCUGGCGAGCUGCCUGUGGUCACUUGCACCUGGUGUUUGCUGUCAUUGCCUUGUAGGUGCUGCAGCAACCUACUCUCAACAAGGCCAGCCAGACCAACACGGUGAGUACUUCCACAUACAAAUCUCUGCCGCGGUGCCUGAAUGGCUUGACUGUCGGUCUGCGUGGUGUUUCUUGUUGUGCGCUUGUAACCGCCGCAGCGACCUGCCAUCGACAUGGCCACCCAAACCAACACGGUAAGCACCUCCGCACACAAGUCCUCCGGCGAGGUGGCUUGAAUCGCCUGACUAUCGUGUCUUGCCUCCCUCCCUCCCUCCCUGCCUCCCUCCUUCUCUCCCUCUGUGUGUGUGUGUGUCUGUGUGUGUCUUCCCAUCAUAGCAGCCGAAGCCAGGCUUUUUUGCCAGCCUGUACAUGAAUGUCAUGAGUGCAUGCUCAUUGUGGUUACGGAUAGCGCUCCUACUGAGGUGCUGCAAAAACUCUCCAGAAAGCCCAGUAGGAGCGACUUAUCGCUGCAUCAUCACGUGGAAAGAACCGAUGUGUGCUCGCUGGCGGCACUCGAUUCACGCAGACUGGAGUGGAGGGGAGAAACGAACCGGAAAAGCAAACUAAAAGCCGCAGCGAAAAAAGUAGGGCUUUUGGGGUUUCGUCUCAAUUCUCGAAGCGGGAGGAAAGACAAGAAUGACGGGAAUGAAGCGGCGUGUGUUUCCUAGCAUUGAUCUCACACAAGAUGCGUCUGCUGAAGACCCGCUUGAUCUCACCCAGCAGGACGAUGCGGCCGAUGCGGCUGACCAAGCAGAGCCCGCUCCCAAGAAGGCGAGGGUGAGUAACGCUGCGUGGCUGUGGCGGUGCCAGCCCUUCUACCUCAACGCGAUAGUCGAUUACGGGCGCGAUAGCGAGGGCAACGAGAGCUGUUUGAGCAUUCGGGACAUCGUCGAUGGGCCUGUGCAGGAGGUGAGUGGUGUCAAAUGAGCCUUUGGGCGUUGGUGCAAUGGGCUGCUUGACGUGUUUGUUGUCUUUUGCAGAUGCUGCUUGCCGGCAUGAGGUUUGACUUGGUCGGUGAGAUGAGGAGAGGAGAGGAGAGGAGAGGAGAGCAGUCUGUACUACACAGAACACACACAUACAUUGGCUCUUGCCGUCUUGAUGUGUCAGCCGUGGCUGGUGGCCGAGUGUCCAGUGAUGAAGACAAUGAAGCGCAUCACCAUACUCAUCGGCGACCCACUCAACAAACCCGAAAAGAAAGGUGCUUGGCUGACCAAGUGAGGCAAAGAUGAUCCAUUUCUGUGUGUGGCUCCGUGUGUGUGUUGUGUGUGUGCAGUGGCCAGGGUGAAGGCCCUUCGGCAGGCUGCUGGUGAUCUUGAAUUGCAUGGGCCGACGGUGACGGUGGAUCUUGCCCCCCUGGGUGACGCCUUCGCCACGUUCCACCCCAAGCUGUUUUUGCUGACGUACGCUGACCGCAUCCGUGUGUGCAUCUCGUCUGCCAACUUCACAUACGGCGGCUGGUACGUGGAUGGGUCAGAAAGGGGGUGGGCAGACGCACAGGGCGUAUGCAGCGUCGGCUUAUUGAGCAGGUGGCGGAAGAACCAGGCCAUCUAUGUGCAGGACUUCCCCCGCAAGCAGCCCCAGCAGGGCAGUCAGCCACCAACAGACAUGGAGAUGGAGGGUGAGAGAGAUAUACCAAGCAAAUGCUCCAUGCUCUCUUGUGUGCGUGUUGGUGUGCUGGUGUGUGUCAGAUGAGCUGGUGGCCUUUCUUCGCGCCACGACCAAGGCCGGCGACUGGUGCGACAAGAUCCGCCAGUUCGACUACUCCACCGCCAUUGGCAAGAUAGUCGCAUCAGUGCCGGUGAGCGUCAGCCAAACAGAGAGGCCGUAUUCGUGGUCCAUCGGCUUGUGCUCUAUGAUGUGAGUUACACACAGGGCACUCACGCGGGCCCGGAUCUCCAUUGCUGGGGCCACAUGCGGAUGCGCCGCCUGCUUGAGAGCCAGCCAGACCCACAGGGCCUGCAGGAGUGAGGAGACUGCAUGGUGGCUGCACCACUGUGAUGUCCGCUUGUGCCGAAUUUUGUUUGUGUCGUUCGUCUGUCAGUCAGGCUGUGGUGUGUCAAGUGGCGUCGCUCGGCAGCCUCGAUGAGGACUGGAUAGAAGAGUUCAUCGGUGAGCGGUGCGUUUGUGUCACGUGUAUCCGUCUGACGUCUCGCUGAUUGAUGGAUCGCAGGUAGCCUGUGUGUGAGUCCGUCCCAUCCUGAGAUAGCGGCAGACAUCGACUGGAAGCUCAUCCUGCCCACAGUAGAUGAGGUAUGCACACCGAAGACAGAAACGUGGGUGGACGCUCGGACAAGCGCAUGACUGACUGCGUGCAGGUGCGAACUCACUGGAGGGAUGGGCGGCCGGCGAGUGAGCAUCCAUGAGAGAAGAGCGAGAGGGCUGAUAGACGCGCUACAUCCCAUUCUAUCGGUGUCCUUUUCUUUUAUUCAGGGCGAUUCACGUCACGAGCAAGGAGCUGA